CAAACCCCGGCAACAGCCAAGUUGCCCGCGUGGCGGCCGGCUUGCAAAUCAAGAACUCCCUGACAUCCAAGGACCCCGACAUCAAGGCCCAGUACCAACAGAGAUGGCUUGCGAUCGACGCCAACGCCCGCAGGGAAGUCAAGAACUACGUUUUGCAGACAUUGGGUACAGAAACAUACAGGCCCAGCUCUGCCUCUCAGUGCGUGGCCGGCAUCGCAUGCGCAGAGAUCCCCAUGAACCAGUGGCCCGAACUCAUUCCCCAGUUGGUAGCCAACGUUACAAAUCAGCACAGUACGGAGCACAUGAAAGAGUCAACGUUGGAGGCCAUUGGAUACAUCUGUCAGGAUAUUGAUCCAGAGCAGCUUCAGGACAAAUCCAAUGAGAUCCUGACAGCCAUCAUCCAGGGAAUGAGAAAGGAAGAGCCCAGCAACAAUGUGAAGCUAGCAGCUACUAAUGCACUCCUUAACUCUUUGGAAUUCACCAAAGCAAACUUUGACAAAGAGUCUGAAAGGCACUUUAUUAUGCAAGUAGUUUGUGAAGCAACACAGUGUCCAGAUACAAGGGUACGAGUGGCUGCCUUACAGAAUUUGGUGAAGAUAAUGUCCCUUUAUUAUCAGUAUAUGGAGACAUACAUGGGUCCUGCGCUUUUUGCUAUAACUAUUGAAGCAAUGAAAAGUGACAUAGAUGAGGUGGCUCUACAGGGGAUAGAGUUCUGGUCAAAUGUCUGCGACGAGGAGAUGGACCUGGCUAUAGAGGCAUCUGAGGCAGCAGAGCAAGGAAGGCCUCCAGAGCACACUAGCAAAUUUUAUGCGAAGGGAGCACUACAAUAUUUGGUCCCAAUUCUAACACAAACAUUAACAAAACAGGAUGAAAAUGAUGAUGACGACGACUGGAACCCCUGCAAAGCAGCAGGAGUCUGCCUCAUGCUCCUGGCGACCUGCUGUGAAGAUGACAUUGUUCCUCAUGUGCUGCCCUUUAUUAAAGAACACAUUAAAAAUCCUGACUGGCGAUACAGAGAUGCGGCUGUGAUGGCUUUUGGGUGCAUUUUGGAAGGACCAGAGCCUAACCAGCUCAAACCACUAGUCAUACAGGCAAUGCCAACUUUAAUAGAACUAAUGAAGGACCCCAGUGUUGUAGUUCGAGACACAACUGCUUGGACCGUGGGCAGGAUCUGUGAGAUGCUUCCUGAAGCUGCCAUCAAUGACAUUUACCUCGCGCCACUGCUGCAGUGUCUGAUGGAGGGCCUGAGUGCUGAGCCCAGAGUGGCCUCCAACGUGUGCUGGGCCUUCUCUAGUCUUGCUGAAGCUGCCUAUGAAGCUGCAGAUGUAGCUGAUGAUCAGGAGGAACCAGCAACCUACUGCUUAUCCUCUUCAUUUGAGCUAAUAGUUCAGAAACUUCUGGAGACUGCAGAUAGGCCUGAUGGACACCAGAAUAACUUGAGGAGUUCUGCAUAUGAAUCUCUGAUGGAAAUAGUGAAAAACAGUGCCAAGGACUGUUACCCUGCUGUCCAAAAGACAACUCUGGUCAUCAUGGAACGACUUCAGCAAGUGCUGCAGAUGGAGUCUCAUAUCCAGAGCACUUCUGAUAGAAUCCAGUUCAAUGAUCUUCAGUCUCUUCUUUGUGCUACUCUACAGAACGUCCUCCGGAAGGUCCAGCACCAGGAUGCUUUGCAGAUCUCUGACGUGGUGAUGGCAUCUCUGCUGAGAAUGUUCCAGAGCACGGCGGGCUCAGGAGGUGUGCAGGAAGAUGCCUUGAUGGCAGUCAGCACCCUGGUAGAAGUCUUAGGUGGAGAGUUUCUGAAGUACAUGGAUGCCUUCAAACCAUUCCUUGGCAUUGGACUGAAGAACUAUGCUGAGUACCAGGUUUGUCUGGCUGCAGUGGGCCUGGUUGGUGACUUAUGCAGAGCCCUGCAAUCCAACAUCUUGCCUUUUUGUGAUGAGGUUAUGCAGCUGCUCUUGGAGAACUUGGGGAAUGAAAACGUUCAUAGAUCUGUGAAGCCUCAGAUUCUCUCAGUGUUUGGCGAUAUUGCCCUCGCCAUUGGAGGAGAAUUUAAGAAGUACCUAGAUGUCGUACUGAAUACCCUCCAGCAGGCUUCCCAAGCACAGGUUGAUAAGUCUGACUAUGACAUGGUGGAUUACCUGAAUGAGUUGAGGGAGGGCUGCCUGGAAGCUUACACUGGCAUCAUCCAAGGAUUGAAGGGAGACCAAGAAAACGUGCACCCGGAUGUGAUGCUGGUGCAGCCCAGAGUAGAAUUUAUUCUGUCUUACAUUGACCACAUUGCUGGAGAUGAGGAUCACACCGACGGAGUAGUGGCAUGUGCUGCUGGACUGAUAGGAGAUUUGUGUACAGCGUUUGGAAAAGAUGUACUGAAAUUAGUAGAAGCUAGACCCAUGAUACAUGAACUGCUAACUGAAGGAAGAAGAUCCAAGACGAACAAAACAAAAACCCUCGCUACCUGGGCGACUAAAGAACUGAGAAAACUGAAGAAUCAAGCUUGAUCUGUUACCAUUGGGACGACACCUGAGACCCCCACUGGAAAUCUCCAAUCUUUU